AUGGAGGCGGCCAUGGGCGGGCCCCUGCGCCUGGCGAGGCUCACGGGGUGCCGCGCGCACCGGCGCUGCACGGGGCCGCAGAUACGGAAGAUGCACCAGACCCGGCCGCAGGUGUACGAGGCCACCGAGAGGGUAUCGCUGGUGAGCUCGUUCAUGGCGUCGCUGCUCGUCGGCGGGUACGCCUGCAUCGAUGAGACCGAUGGAGCCGGAAUGAACAUCAUGGACAUCGACACGCGCCAGCUACGCCAGGAUGCUCUUCAGGCUAUGGCUCCAGAUUUGGAAGAGCGGAUUGGGAGACUAGCCACCAGCACAUGCUGUUGCUGGAAAGAUAGCCCCUUAUUUUGUUCAGAGUUUUCAAGCAGCUGUAUAGUUAUUCAGUGGUCAGGCGACAAUCCCAAUAGCCUUGCAGGAUGGCGAAGUGGCAGGCAGGCCGCAGGCCAUGAUGUUUGGGACAGCCAUUUCAUCGAACACCAUGCUGGUGAGCCUCGAGUGGCUGUUAUCCCCGGGCUUCCUUCAGUGUCACGCCGCACCGCAGGGUGUGGCCUUGUGGCUGCGGCUGUGCAGAACAGCGGAAGGCGUGAGGUGGAGUGGGUGGCAGAGCACGCGGAGGGCAUAGGCCGACUGGUAUUAUAUAUUAAGGCGUUAGUAAGGCGUCGCCUCGCCUCGCGCCUUAAGCGCCUAGGCGUCUGGAAGGGGUCGGGCGCCGCACCUCGCCUUACCGCCUUAAUAACUAUGGAGGAAGUUAAGGAUUUUACUACAAGGAACAUGAGAUUCUCCCACCACUUCCAGAUUAGAUGCUCACCUACAUGCAUAGUUGGAUUUCACCGCUACGUUGUCAAGAACUUCACUAGUGGACCUUUGGGUGAGAUGGUGGAAGAAGUUGACAAGUUUGAUCCUCCUUCAGAGGUUCGUGCGAUAAUUGAAGGGCAGUUCAUGUCCAUGAGAGGCCAUUCUGAGCAAUGUGGCCUGCCAGUACCUCCAAAACGGAUUAUAGCAACCGACUCUGCCUCUUUGGGUGCUGCUUUGCGAGCAGCCCAUGGGUGGCUUUGUAAGCAGCAAGACGAGUUCGUGCCAUUCUCAUGUGUGUACUCAGGAAGAUUAGAUGGAACAUCACUUAGCAUGAAGUUGGCUGUUCCUUUUGGGGACUGUGAGGGAGACACUGAGCUUCUGAACAACUACACAUUGUUGGUUAAGAAGAGGCUGGAGAUUGAGCAGAAGCUCAUCGCAAGAUUUGGUGGAUCAGAGUGA